AUGAUCAUUUCCCUCAUCGGCAAUGCUUUGGUGUGUUUCGUGAUACAGCACCAUUUGCAGCACUCCGUGACAAACAUAUUUCUUUUCAACCUCAGUAUCACCGAUAUCCUGACGACGCUAGCGGUCAUUCCAAUCACGACGGUGGCCGAUGUUUGGCUCACCUACUGGCCUUUUGGGGCUGCCAUGUGCAAACUGAUUCCCUUCAUACAGUGUCUCACCGUUACCCUGACCGCGUUCACUCAUGUAUUAAUAUCCUGCGACAGAUUUGCCAUUGUUUUUCGGCCACUUCAGAGACGGCGUUUUCUGACCUUGCGUCGUGCUAAGAUCAUUGUUGGAUUUAUCUGGCUGUUCGCUGCCAUUCAGGCUUCUCCGUUAGCCGUUGUAGGCUACCUUCAGAACGGCACAUAUCCGCGGUGUGCUGAGUCAUGGGACGCCCAACGCAGUCAGGUCUACGGACUGACUUUGUUGGGUUUACAAUAUUUUCUUCCUUUGACUCUACUUAUCUGCUCUUAUACAACAAUCUCACUGCGGUUAAAUUCGAGCAGCUUGAGAGGAACCGCUGGAGGCAAUAGGAUUCAUUCGGUUGCUCGGUCUAAGGGGAAGGUACGUUGGAAAUUAUUUUUACGGUUUUUUCGCCUCCAUAACACUGCACCUACCUAAAUACCAAUAAGAGAUCUACCGGACAUUUGGGGCCUUCAUGUACCCCAAAAUGUUAUGCCUACAUAAUAUUCUAAAUAAGCCAACAUGCCUUAAACAAUGCAAAGUUGACGGCGCAUGGUAAACCAGUAGGCCGAUAAAAAUAGGGCUUGUUUUAUUAUAAAGUUUUGAAUAUUUAUAGAGCUUCGUGCAGAAGUACAAUUGAAAUUUUAUGCAGAAUGUCAACUGUGCUAUGAUUUACACUUUGGGGACGCUGGUACAUGGUUGCAAAUGCAAACAUUUUAUGGAUUAUGUGAGUCCUGGGCUGUAAUUGCGAACGGUUCUGGCAGUCAAAAACCUUCCACACGACGACAAAUUGUCCUCGACAUCACUCUGUCAUUUUAUAGUUGAUCGCUUAAAUAAAAAGCAUUUCAUUUCAUAAUGAAAACAAGGUACACACUUGUCUGGUAAAAUGUUUUGUUAGAUAAUUUUGAAGGUAAAGGUUUAUUUUUGUUCUCGGGCUUCAUUUGUAAAAAGCUAUAUGGUUUAAAACUGGCCUUUAUUGUAUAAGACGUUAAUGAGGUAAAAAUAGUCUACUAAGUGAUUAUACUGAGCGGCAGUACUAGAUGUCAGUACACUUGUACUAAUGACUGGCAACACCUACGGUGUCCGUCAGAAUUAGACAAAAACAACUCAAAAGUUAAAAGUCAAUCUCAGAUCCGCAAUCCUAAUCGAAGUAUUACUCCGCAGUAUGCAUUCAUAACAUGAAGGACACAUAUUCGAAUGCAGUUUGAACUUCACAUUUCCCAUAAAACAAGCGAAUAAGUUAGGUUCCUCUAUUAACGUCUUGAAACCUACUUGGAAGAACAUUAAUGAGAAGGGAAAAUGUUAUGAGUGGAACAAACCGCCUGUUUUACCGGAUCUCUAAAAUACUACUGAAAGGCUGCUGAGUAAAAAGAAAAAAAUAAAUGCAGAAUGGCAAAAGUGACGACGAUAAAGGUGAAAGCAUGGAAUUCCUGCGAGGAUUUUGGUUCUUUAGGGGGUCGACAGCAUUUCCUGCGGGUUAAUUGGUAGAUAUUCCAGUUCUGUAAUUGCAGAAUUUUAAUUCUUUAGAGAUUAUUCGCCAAAUCUAAGUACAUCGGUUUUCUUGAGACAAAUAAGCUUGGAUAAAACUUUGAUAUAAGUCUCCCGGCCAAAGUUUAUCAGCCGCCUAUCCGCAGAAUAACCACCUUGUAUUCAUAAACAGCCGACAGACUUCCAGUAUUGCAAACUGCGAUAGCAAUGUAUACCAUGCCAGGUAGCACAGGCACUAGCCGAAAUGCGAGACAAGGGUUUAGCCGAUAUUCUGCUGUUCUAUGGCAGAGCUGCAAAGGGUUUAUCUCAUCCUAUCUAAGUAUAUACAGUAGAUGUGCUAACUCAUGAAAUUGCAACCGAAAUUUCAAAAUGCGUUCUCGUUUCGAAAAGAUAAAUUAAGUAGUGUUGUAAAACUAAUCAUGAUGCAGCAUAAAUUUAGAAUAAUCCAGUUACCACAGGAUGUCAGCUUUCGAAAGAACUUAUAUUGGCUACAUGCAGGAUCCAUAAUCUGCAAAAAUGACUACUUAUGUAGCAUGUAACUCUCUCAUUGAUUUUCGAGGCCUUUGAAAAUUCAAUUAUAUUUCAUAAAAGACAUGCAUAAAAAUUCAUUUUUUUACUUUUUCGGUAGAAAUUCACGUCUUCUUCCAGCUUCAUACUCAAACGAAGAGUAUAAUUCGGUUUUAAAAAAGUUUCUUAUUGUGAGAUUUUUUAAUACCGUUAAAUGGCCGUUCAUAAAACGUCAUGUAUCUGUAUUUAAGAAUGUAGCUUGCAAAGUUAAUAAUAUUGCUCAAAUCCACUGCUUAAUUUCAUGAACCACAUAUGGUCUCCUCUUAACACCGUAGAAGACUGCAUGGUUUUCCAUACACGGGAAAUAUACAGCUUGUAGUUUUGAAACCCUGAAUGCAAGUGUAACAUCAGGUCUGGUUCAAAAUUAUUCGGGAAUUCGAGAAGUUAUUUAAAAUAUAAUUAUUCUAUUCUUUUGAGUAUGAAAUUGGAAGAAGCCGUGAUUUUCUACUGAACGAGUAAAACAAUGAAUAUUUUAUGCAUGUUUUCCAUGAAAUAUACUUGAAUGUUCAAGGACAUCGAAAAUCAAUGAGAAAAUUGCAUACUUCUUAAGUAGUCAUUUUUUGCAGAGUAUAGAUUUGGCGUGAAGCCAAAAUGAGUUCUUUCGAAAACGGACAGCCUGAGGUAACUGGAUCAUUAUAGAUUAAUGCCGCAUAAUGAUUAGUUUUACAACACUACUUAUUUAUCUUUUCGAAACGAGAACGCAUUUCAAAAUUUUAGUCGACAUUUCAUGAGUUAGCACAUCUACUGCACUACCAGAUGCCUGUUGGCAGUUUUUAAAUAUUACCCGGCUAUUCUGCAGUACCUGAGGAAAUUCGGCCCAAAUGUUUGUGUUAGAUUUCAGUUUGAGCUUAUAAGUCUCAAGCAGACUUAUUAACUCAAAGUUAACGAUUAAUUUCUGGGGAAAUCAAUAAUCUGCAAUUCAAGAACUGGAACAUCUACCAAAAAACACGCAGGAAAUGCCUUAGGUCCACUGUUGAGACAAAAUCCUCGCGUAUAUGCCAUUCGGCGGCAUAAUAUUUGCAAAGCACGUGUCUGGGCUCUUAGCUUUUGCUCAUGCUGACACGUGUGGUAUAUCGUGCAAUCUCAGUGUAACUGGUUCAACCAAAAAUAUCCUUUUAUAUAUUCACGUCGUAGUAACUAAAAGGAUUGAAAUUUCGGCACUCAGAGAUGGGGUGUUGUUUGUUUUCAAAGCUUUCAAAUCGUGAUAUUUUUAGGAUCGCAAAAUGUCCGUUCAUAUAGCAUGGAACAUUGUCCACAUCCAUUGACACACUUUAUAAUCACUGUAUAAAGUCUUGUUAGUAGGGUAUGAAAUUAAGUCUCCUUCUCGCGGAAUAUAUUCAGUUUGUAUUUUAGAGUUCCUAAGGGAAAAUACAACGGUUGAUAAGGUCCACAUAUAUUUUAAAAUUGCAAGGGUUUCCUGAAACCAAAGAACGCCUGCUCAAUGAGAAAUAUAUCUUAACGAUGACAUUAGCUGUUAAUAGACAAGCAUUAGAAACGGCCUUUUUGUCCUUUUUCGAUGAAACAUGUCAAAUUAUGUAAAAGCAUCGAAAGUUUAUAUCUUAAAGUCAUAACCAGGCGGUUUUUACAAAGUGCGGAAUUCGAAGGCGGCCUAAACGUAGCUAACUGAGAAGCCAGCACUUUGAUAUGACAAAACAUUUCGAGAUUGUACUGCCAGAUAAUUAGCAUUGCAGCCCAAUUAAGUAAUGCUUUCGAACUGCAAAAAAUAUCUUGCAGUUUUUGCUAACAUUUGCUUAAUUGAGCUAUCUUCCACACAGAUUCAUUUUAACAUUUGUCUUGAUCGCGCUGAACUUCAGUUAAAGUGUUGGUCCUAAUUAAGCGCUACCACAUAGGGUUUGAUGAGAAAUGAAAAGACGAUAUCUGAGGCGUUUUUGUUGCAUUGUAGCCUAAAAAUCAAAGCCUAUAAUAAUGUAUUAAAUAUUUCAAGUCUAUAAACAGUGCCACGAUGACCGAAUGCCUUCAUAGCCAGUUGACUGCAAUGUCGCAAUUGUUAUACUGAGCAAAUUGUUCACAUAUAGGCUGAUACUACGAAAGAAGAUAAUCAUUUUUGUGCAUGUGAGUUUUCACUUCGUAAAAAACCACACCCAAGAUUCAAAAAGCAUGUUUUAUAAAAAUGUAUCCAAUGGUAAAAAGAUAAAUGUUACGUUAGUAGGGUAAUAGACUUUGAGAGUAAAUUUGUCAACACAUUGCCUCUGAACAUCGGCACGCAAGUUUCCCACUGCUUAAGAGUAAAACCCUAAAUUGGUUGUAGUCUAGGUUUUGGACAAGUCAUUUUAGAUACUGCUGCUUCCAGUGAUAUUAAAUAUUGGAAAAGCUGAAAGCGUUUUUGCUAGUUUGAGGACAUCUGAUAAUGUUUAAGGCUUGCAGUAUAAAACUGGAAAAGUCGCCCUGUUUUCAAGGGACACACGGGUUGAGGAGGAGGUUAUCGCAGCAUCCAGACAUGUAAACACAUUACCCUCACACGAUAUUCGGUAAAAUUGUUAAAGCAUAAAAUUCACCGAAAUUUAGAAAGCAUUGCAAACUACUCGCAACCCGGAGUGAUCGAAUGAAUCCAAGCUCCGAAAUAAUAAUUACUGACUUUAAGAAGUCGAAAGCAUAAAAUGCUUUAACUUUAUUCAAAUUUAAAAAUGUUUUGGAACGCGUUAGUUCCGAAAGCGCCAUAAAAUAUUUGUCGCUGGGUAAGCUUAAGCUUUACGUGUACAGGAUUCCUGUCUAUACCAAAACGUGGACAAACAAAACAGCAUUAGUCGAUUAAGGCUUGAAGAUUUUCAUUACAGACGUUUGCACUUAAAUAUUUUCUAGAAAUUGGUGUAUCGUCAAGUAUAACGGCUAGUUCAUAACUCACAGUUUGUGCCUGAAUCCUUAAAAUGUUUUAGGAAAACUGGCCGCAUUGCUAUUAAUUAUGCGGCGCCUGAGGUGUGAUUAAGUAUGAUGGAAAUGAAGACUCAUAAACUCGCCAAUACGGACGUCACAGGGAAGAAGGCUUUAUACGUUCAAAUGUCGACGGGUCGUAACUGCAUAUGCAAUCUUAAACACAUCAUUCUGUAUGUACUUAGAAAAUGUUCCUUCCAUCAAAUUGUCUUAUAGCUUUACUUAUGCUAGGAUACGUUUCGUUUAAAAAUAAUGGCGAAUAUUUCACGAACUAAUUUGCUUUCGAUCGACUGUUAAUCUUUGGAUUACGUGAUAUGGUUAAUCGAAAUCGUUAAAAUAAAUAUUCAUUGAAAUUCUCAGCAGAACAAGAGGGUGAGUUGAUUUUUAAUUCGAUUCAGAUGGUUAGCUGGGCUAAAGUUAUUUUAAUAUGGAUAUGGAAAACUUAUUCUCUAAGAAAAAUGAGUGCGCACAGCAUAAUUAAGGCAUAAAAUAUGCUCCCAAUCGAUUAAAAAAAUUUUCUUAUAAGGUACGGCUUUAAUAAUGCAGUUACCUGACGAAUAUCUGCAUAUUUUACCUUUUUUAAAGGCUAACGAGAUAAAAAGGACACUCAAUCGACUUUUUCGCCCUCUCAGAAACGAUCAAUAAUCGUUCUUCUGCAAAAGGUGAUAGUAGCUCCGUUAAUAUUGGAGGCAUUCAUGUAAUAAUUGCUCAUGUUAAGGCUCCGUUUCACGAUUAUGAAUGUACGGCCGGAUGACCAUGCUGAUAUUAAAAUCAUUCUUAACCUGAUAAAUGUCCGCCCGUAAUAUCUAAACUGCCCGUUUGUGAAAAGAAAACAAUGCAAGCGUAUCUAACCACUUGCUUAAAAUGUAAAAUUUUGCACUGGAAUGAGGUCUUAAAAGUAAGUUAUUGAGCGGUCGCAAUGGACGAAAAAGUGUCAGAACGCCUUAAAAAAUUGCUUGUAGGCGUCAUCACUGGAUUUUAUGACAUAAAAUCACAGCUAUUUGUAAAUCUGUUUUUAAACUUAAUAUAUCGUCUGCCUUUCUAAAAAUGCCUUUCUCGCUUACGCCCUGCUCCAACUACUAUGCGUAAAAAUAAUAAAUUUUCAAGAAAAUUAAGUUCUGCCUGACACAACUAUCUAGGUUACAAAACUCACUUUAAACCAAAAACCCAUCGAUGCAGGAAUUUGGUUUAGAAAAUGUAUUCGAAUAGAAAACUGUUAGAAAACGUAGAUUUCUACCCAAAUCUGUAAACCAUUUGGCUGACAAAAUCAUACAUGAGCGUAUUCUGCAACCAAUAAGGACCCUUUUUGAAACGGGCCAGAAGCGCAAAUAUAAUUCGCAGCUAUUUAAGUGACUAGAAUUGACCAUCUUUAUUUUCAUUACCAUAUUUCAGGUUACGUACCACAUGUAAAGUACGUGGGCCAGCUCAGAAAAUUGCAACCGAAAUUCGGAAAUGCGUUUUCGUUUCGAAAAGAUAAAGUGCGAUUGUAAAACCAACCUUAAUGUGGCAUACUUCUGUAAUAACACAGUGUUUUAUUUUAACUGAACUUUUUUGGGGUGCACGCAAAACGUACACUGUAUAAAAAAGUAGCUACUUAUUUAGAAUGCAUUUUUCUCAUUUUUUCGGUGCCCUGAAGAAUGAAAUUGUAUUUCGUGGAAACAUGCAUAACCAUUUAUUCUCUUGCUCAUUCGGUAGACAAUUACGUCUUUUUUCAAGUUUAUACAAGGAGGAAGGGUGUAAUUCAGUUUCAAAAAGGUUUUAUUUGUGAGAUUUUUUAAUACCAUGAAACGAUCGUUCAUAAAACGUCGUGCCUCUCUAUUUGGCAGCAUGGCCUGUAAAGUUACCAGCAUGGUUCAUAUCCGCUGUCAAAUUUUAUGAACCCCAUAUGGUCUUCUCCUUACACCGUAUGCAUGGUUUGCCUUACGGGAAAAAUAUUUGGCAUGUAAUUUGGAGACCAUGAAUGCAAGUGUAACGGCAGGUUGGGUUCAAAAUGUAUUCUGAAUUUGAAAACUUUUAGAACCCAUUUAUUUCUUUAUUUCAAGCAUACAUUUGGAAAUGUCAUUUUCUAACGAAUGGGUAACGGAUUGGAUAUUUUUAUUUCAGUUUUUUUUAUAAACUAAUAUAAACGUUCUGUGGACAUCAAAAACCAAGGAGAAAAAUGCGUGCUGAUUAAGUGUUUAGCGUAUCACGGCGUAUAUUGUUUGCUGUAGUCGGAAUACAAUUCGUUCAGUAGUCAAUAUCCUACGGUAAGUGAAUUAUUUUAGUAUUACGCUGCACGAUGAUAAGUUUUAUAAAUCUAUUUAAUUAGUCUUUUCGAAAGGUAAACGCAUUUCGAAAUUUCAAUUGCAAUUUCAUUAAUUAACCCACCUAUUGUACGUAUGAUCGUCCAAAAAAAACACACGUAUAAUACCCGCUGUGGCCUUUUUCAAACCUCAACAGCAACGAAAUUUUCAGGGCUAGCGCUCUGGCCAACGGCAAAAACUCCGUUUUUAGACGAACACCAACUACUCCCACAGUUCGAUUUCAAAGGAGUGUUCUAUUUUUAUUUCCAGUCACAACGUUUGCACUUCGUUUCUGCGCAAGUACGUCCUUGAGAUAAAACCUUUUGGCUGCCAGCGCAAGUGCAGCGUCCACGUUUGUUUAUUCAACAACCUGAAAUUGCUCGGUGUUAAUAAGAUCAUUUUAAGAUUCGUAAAUGGACACGGACUUAAAUAACACCUUAGACGGAAAACACGCUAGAUUAAUGUGUGCAGACCACAUCAGAUGCAGUCUGAUGACGACAGUCUUUAAAAACAGUCGUAAAACCAGAAUAGCUAAAUAAGCAGUAGUAAUGACCGCACUUGUUUGUAAACUACAAACAAAUACAGUUGCUUGUGCUAGCUGAGAACUACGUACGGAAAUAUACUUUACAUUUUUUACAUGAUCGUCGAAUUGUGCACUUGUCUCUCUAGAAGUUAUUCCAGUUCAACACAAACAAGGAACAUAUGUAUAUAGACACAGUAGUAAUUUGCAGUGGUUAGAGCGGGCUUGCCCUUAAAUAGGUGGUUUACUUUGGUACUGCGAAUCAACUGCUGGCGGUGGAUUUCAUAACAUGCAUGUAUGUAUACAGAAUCGUAUAACCGAGCCCCAGGUGUUUCACGCUUCAGGAGUGGUUAUAAGUGGCCGACGACGGCUAAUAAAUCCAAAGUGGCCAUUCCAGUCUCCCUUGUCCUAGUCGGUAGAACCGCCUAUAUCAUUUGACGCUGUGCGGGUGAUAGUUGGGCUCGAGAUGGAGCCCGUAAGGGACGAGUAAUUUCCAUAAGAACGACCUCUGAGCGCCUCUCUAUUAUCAUCAGAUAAAAUAAAAGGAAACUGUAAUAGACACCUAUCGUCAGACUGAAACGUAUGGGUAUAGAUUUUAUAAAAUUAAAGUAGAUUUUAGUCCUAACACUAAUAAAAUAGGAUUUUGUCCACGCCGAAGUUUAUUUUUCGGGUGAAUGUUUACUCAUUUCACGCAAAUGUUAAUGAAUUUCUCAUCUCGCACACGCAGUUAAAGCUGCUCGGGAAUCAUUAAUCUUGUUGUAGUCGUUGGUCUUUAAUGACAGCAAGAUUUUCACCAAGAAACGCUAGCAACAACUUAUGACUGGAGAAUAAUUCCGCUUACUAAGAAAACGUUUUCUCGACUCAUGGUGCAACCAUGUACUUUCAACAGAAGAAAGCCGACUUUUGUUUUUCUCUGAAAGUUGCUGCUAAAGGUACGGAUGCUUUUGUUAUUCACUUCAUUCGCUCUCCUUUGAGACUUAGUGUUUUCUAAAAUCUAGUCAAGCGUUUUAUAGACAUGACAAUUAAAUUAAGUUGCGUUGACAGCGAAUAUCGUGGGAAUGCGUACAACUCCAGCAGCCGAUUCGAGAAAAAAACAGCGUGAACUUGAUUAGUUGGGAAUGCCUGAGCUCUAAAUUGUGUAAAUAGUAUUUAGCCUUUCUCGGAAAGUUUAAAAUGACCGGAUUGGGUGCUUCUUUCCUGAAAAAAGAGUAAAUGAAGUCAAGGUCCUGGGCACAAAAUUGAAUUACCGGAUGAGUACAAAAAGUAAGCUGAACUCCAAGCUUCUCAUUUAAUUAGAGUUUACCAAAUGGGCUUAACAGUUUACCUUCAAAACCGCCAUAAGCGCUUGCCGGCUUACAAGGUUGUCGUUCAGCUCUCAACUUAUUUAUGGCGCCUUGUACAUGGGAGGAUUCAUGUGAAUGGUCACACAACUUCCUUAGCUCCACCCAUCUAACUCGGACUUAUUACUUACUGUAUAUGGCAACUGAAGCUCAUAAAGAACAAGUUGUGUUCCGAAAACGCAGGUGAAAACUCUUUUUACGAGUACUGAAGUAGUUAAAGGGGAUGCAACUUGGCCUUUUUGAACCAGGACUAAGAGUUAUUUUAAUAAAAUAUUUGGCAACGCAUCCGCUUUUUUGUAAAACUACAUUCUGCAGCAUGAAUUUAUGGCCAGAAAAGCAAAAGGGAGCAUAAAUCAUUAGCUGUUCUACGUGGAAUUGCGGAGUGAUUUCAGACUUGCGGUAGCACAUAUAACGACGCAAGAUAAAUAAUUUAGGAAAACUCGUAAAAUUUGGAAAGAUCCUAUUACCAGCAAAUAAAAUUUUUCCAUAAGCGAAAUAAAAUAUGAGCCCAAAUUUUGUCCAAUUUUUUAACUUGGCCGGUUAAAGGUCAACCUUACUUCAUAGUUCUUUUCGGAUAAGAACAACUAUACUAAUGGGGGUAGAAGAAAAAAAUCAUUUAUGAAACACAACUUUGGCCAGCAAGGGUUGCGCGUGGUACGACAUUCGAUAUCACGGUCGCCAAAAUUCUUGGCUUCUACGUCUGCGAACCUUAUAUACGCAAGCGUUAUGGUCUGGCGUAAGAUGACAACUCUUAAACCAAAGAAGGCAAAGGAAACUGGAGUGGUCAUUUACGACUUACUGGCCGUCUUUGACCAGCUUUAGUCGACCCUAGUAUUCCAACCCCUAAGGCCUAAGCUAGCAUCCUUUUAUUUUGGGAUCUAGCAACCUAACUAUCAGGUAUAAUUUAUUGACGAUGGCUGAGAGACCAGGAAUGAAAGCACAUCUGACUUUUGGACUGAUAAACUGAGGUUUACGUUGCUCGCGCAGAUAAUUCUAUCUGCUGCUCGAAAAAUGGUUCGUGUAUAUAUGCUUGCAUAUAUACGUGUAUCCUUAAAACUCGUUUUAUAAACUACUGAAAAGUGAAUAUGUUAAAUGUGAGAACGAUGGUUCCUAAAUGAAAAUACGCCGGUCACAGGCGUGCAGGCCUCUUAUCCUGUAACUGGGUAAUCUCACAAAAACUUAGACGCCUUUGGAUUAGGUUUAUGAAACACGACCAAAUCACCCCAGAUCGACGGCUGUUGACUGCUCGUAUUUCUGCCCCUCAGCGUAGGUCACAUUGGCAGAAACAUAACUAUUUCAAUAGUAUGGUUAUUUGAAAUCGAUUCUGAUGACCCUGAAUUCUUAAAUAUAUUUAAUAGAAAGCAAUGCCUUUUCUGUGAAGAUGCGUCUUUUCCCUUUCCCGUCCAAUGGAAUAGUAUGCUACCGCUCUACGCGCUUUUUUAUUAUCAUGCAGAAAUGAAUUGGAACUACCCUUACUAUGCGUUUCUGUGUUCAAUCUACAAGCCGCACACGUUCCAUUUUGAGAAGAAUCAAACAUUCACAUACGUUUUCAAGGUGCUUUAUAAUGUCUGAAAUAGCUAGUAAUAUGUACGGUCCACGUUGUAUUUUUUUAUAAGGAAAAUUAACAAGCGACCGAUCUAAUGCUAUCUGAAUGGAUGUUUUACUGUCCGAAAAAGUUGCAUUACUGGAGACUAUUUUUAAACCUAUUAAUCCCGUUUCCUCGUGUAGCAAAUUGAAGAAGGCAUGAUUUACCGCAAAAUGCAUACAAAGGUGAACCCUUUUUGAAUGUCUCUGUGAAAUAUAUGUGUAGUUAUAGGGGCAUUGAGAGUUAACGGAAGAAACCCUAAUAUAUAUUGUCCCUUUUGUGAGUAUAGAUUUGCAGGCGACCACGAAUGCGCGCAUUCACAUGUCAGCAUCCAGGCAUGGCUGAUAUAUAGGUGGGUUAGUUUACAUGAUUAUCGGUAUGGGGGCUUCACCUAUGUUAUCUCUCCUGACCGAUAUUACGCUUUAUGAGAUACGUCAAACAACCUAUAAUGACAUGUACUAAGAAUCUUAGUAUUUUUCUUGAGUACCUCCUCUACCACAAACGCCGCCUCUAAUCAACGUCCAUUGUAGUUUGCCUGUCGACAAAAACGUGUUGAAGCAUCUGUCGCUAUUUUUACCUGCAAAGUGCGCCUGCGUCAAUCAAAAUCUCCUGAGACCAGCCAUUUGACGGCAAGAGUAUUGUUUAAGAUUUGAAUCAUCGAAGUUUUUUGGAUAAUGCAGAUGAAGGAGACGCCCUUGCAAAGUGGAUGGAAAAACAAAUUACUAUUUUAACUGUAUGUCGUGCACCAAUUUAUUGGGGAAAAACGAGCAAGAGACAAAGACGCAUUAAACGUAUUGUCGACAUUUUAUUUGUUACUUCCGAAUAGGAAGCAAACAGAAAAAGCCACAUCGUCUGGCAACUAGGUUUGUCUGGUGCCUGCCUGGCCGGCUUCUGCAAAACGAAACCAAAUGCGCAAGUAUCUCUACCCACAAGAUUCACAAACUCCUCAAAAUACCCUCGUUGGAAUUAAGACAACAAACUGUUCUCACUUUUUACUGCAGUCCUGUAGUUGAAAUUAAAGUAAACCGUUAGUAGACCCUCAGAAAGUUAAUACAAAAUUGUGGAAGCGCGAAAAUCCCCGGCAGCGACACUUGUGCUCUGUCCACGCAAUCGGAUAACCAACUUUUCAGCAUUUGUCCCUUGGUUUGGCGAGUAGGCCGCUGGGCGCAGACAGGCGUGGCAAUUAAGCAAGGUUUAUCUUAGACCUCUGGCUCGCUGUCUGGGCUUGCCCAUCUGUCGGUCUGCAGUGCUGGUGGAAGUGAACAAAGUGUAGGCCUGUCUACUCUUUUCGGUGUUAACACUUGAGAUAGGGUGGAGCAUUUGCUUCAGAGAAGACAAACUGUUUUAUCUAGAGUUCUUCAAACAUGAACUUUACUUAGUUUUUUCUUAAAAAUAGGCCAUGAAAUGAGUGCUGCCAGCGCUUUGUAAACAUUACCAGUUACCGUCAGCACUGGCAAAAGCAACUCUAUUAGUAUAUUUGUGCAAUAAAAGAUGGGCAUCGCAAGCAGUUUACAGUUUGUGACCGAUCUCAUGAAACGUUGUUCAAAAUUCUUAAAUGCGCUUUCGGUUAGGAAGGAUCACGAGGAAAAGUCCCAUGAUAUUCCGAACUUGCCAGGAUAUUAGCUCUUGAAUGCAUCUCUUUUCGAUCUCCUACAAAAUACGCACUCGGUACCAAGUUGCAACAUAAGUAGCAUGCACUUUUCGCAUUGAUUUUUGAUGGUCUUGUUAAUUCAAAUAAAUUUUGUAGAAAUCAUGUACAAAAAUGAGCGUUCUUUUACUGUUUUGGUAGAUAACUACGUUUUCUUUACUUUUUGUGUCUGACAAAAGGGUAUAUUUAAGUUUUAAAAAAGUUUCUUAUUAUGAGAUUAUUAAAUACCACGCAAUGUCCAUUCAUACAUCAUCCUACAUGUCCUUUACAACGUAGUCCGUAUCCAUAGCAAAAUUUUAUGACCACCAUAUGGCAUCUUUUUAAAGGCAUGGAGGAAUAUGUGAUUUUCCUGACGUGGAAAGCAUGCACUUUGUAAACUUAUAUCGCUCAAUACUGAUGCAACGGCUGAUGAGGCUCAAAAUCAUUCGGGAAUAAAGAAACGUUUUUAAAACCUAAUUAUACACUCCUCGUGACAGAAAAUGGAAAAAACGUAGUUGUCUACCAAACCAGUAAAACUAAGUGUAUUUUUGCACGUGUUUUCCAUAAAAUAUAUUUAAAUUUAUAUGACCAUCAAAAAUCUGUGCCAAAAAUUCAUACUACUGAAGUAGCAACUUAUUCCAGAGUGCGACUUUUGCAGGAGAUCAAAAAGAGAUGCAUUCAGAAACCGACAUCCUGGCAAGUUCUAAAUAUCAUGGGAGUGUUCCGCAGGAGAGUUUAUCUUACAACACUGCCUAAGUAGUCCUUCCAAAUUGAAAGCGCACUUUAGAAUUUAGGCCAACAUUUCAUGAGAGCGGUCAUGCACUGUGGUUAGAAAGAAAUAAGUCCUUUGGAAAUUGCAGCAAAUUUGUUCCGUAAAUUUUUAACACUUCUCGCCCAGGUCUUCUUUAGACGUGCGACGAAUAUGCCAGACAUUCAGCAUUUUUAAAGAAAGCCAAAAGGUCAAUUCUGUCCUUUAGUAUCUACCAAUCAUCUAUGGUCUUGGUUGACAUCUCGUGUUAAUCAGCUGUGGCCUCUUUCAUCGUUCCCUGAGAUUACUAUGAACAGCGUCAAAUUCAAUGUGCCGGUCUAUGCAUGAUUCAUCGCAAUAUGUUGCCUCCAAUCGACGACACAAACACUCCGUGGGCCCUAGGUAUAGGGUUGGCCAAUUAGAAAAGAAAGAGGUCAUCUACAAGAUUCUGUGCGACAUCUGCGAUGCAGUAUGCUGUAACCAAACGAGAAGGUCAACGUCUAAACGGAUACACGAACAGCAUCUUUCCGUGAGCAGACGAGACCACCUGUGUUAAGCAGCCAUGCAUACCCUGGGCACCGGCAAGACGUUUGCUUUGAGCCGAACCCGCAAUGUCGGCGCCUGACCUUUGAGAAAAGGUUGAAAGUCCCUUGAGGGCAUACACUCGGAUGAAUCCCGUAUCAAAUAAUACAUAGUGUUGGAUGCCGCGUAUAAAAAUUUCAAGAAUAAUGGAAGAUACGGGAGCAAAUCAGAAUAUAAUUAUACAGACGGCGGCCACUCACGCUCACAACCACCAGAUAAUUAUAGAUUUUCAUGUGCACUAAAGAUGUAACUUGUUUUGGCGUAUUUGCUCUCCUUGUGACUCCGUCUGUCCAUCUAUAAAGGACGUGAAUUUUUGGAGGUCGUGUAUUCCGAUGAAUCGUGCAUUAUCCGGUCCACUGAACCCGACGCCGUUCACAGUAACCUCGGGGCAAUAUGCAAGAACCCUCAGACAAUCAACACGAGAUUUCAACUAAGGCCAGAGAUUACUGGCAGGAAUUAAAGGACAGCAUCAAUCGCUUGACCGAUUUAAAGAGUUGACUGUUUUGCUUGUUUGUCUCACGUUUGAAGACGACCAGGGGGACUAGUGUUACAAAUGUAUGGAAUGAUGUUUGUUGCAUUUCCCAAAGGACUUGUCACUUCCUAAUAAACAUAUACUUAGGAAGGGGAAAGCUCGCCGGAAAUAAGAGCUUUACUUGGCAAUUUUCAAGCUGGUUGUACCCACCCGCUAUCAGACGAAACGAAUAAUUAGAGAUGGAAUUGUCACACUGGUGGCUGAAAAUGCAGAAAAGGAGACAGUAAGGCAGACGACCUUUCAGGGCGGGUGCAUCGUUUUCUGAAGGUUGUCGGAGGUAAGAAAAGGUGUUGUGGGACCUAAUUGUGGCUCGUCUUGUUGGGCGUGAGGAAGGAGGGAUGACGUGCCGGCGAGAUUCUACAUGUUCACACCCCAUCAAGGAACAACAACAAACUGAAGUCAUUUACCGUAUCACGUGCGCAAACUGCCACUGCGUUUAUAUUGGUCACAUGAGUCAGCCAUGUGGGACUCGCAUUAGCUAACAUAAGCUGACUGUCCGCAGACUUGGGUCUUUAUCUCUCUUAUUUGAGCAUGUUCCUGACAGUGACAAUCGUGACGGUACACGGGCCCUCACCUCCGGAUCCAAAGAAAACACCAUGAACCCAACCCUGAUAGGUCGUCUGCCUUAGUCUCUUCCCCAACUCCCUAACUACCGGUGUUGCAAUCCUAGCUAUAACUAUUAAAUCCGUCUGACGAUAAAUUAGUGUAACUGGCUCAAAACUUUACGAGUAAAGCUAUUUUUUCCAGCGAGUUUUCGCCUUUCUUUAUAUCGCCUCGGAAUCCACACAACGUUAUUUGUUCGUAUCUUUAAACAUAUUAUGAAAAGAAAAUUCAUUAAUUAAGUUAUAGGACGUGCUGGUCUGGCCUUGUUUCGUGGCUUCGCGAUGGCAUGCUGGAAUUAUUAACGCCCAACUACCGAAAUCCUCCGACGAACUCAUUCUAUUUAGUUCAUAUGUGCAUAAUAGCGUCCCGUUCAAUAAGAAGUAUGAAAAUGUUUAUUAUUCCAUUCCAAAAAUCUGCCCUUUUGUAAACUACUAAAGUCUGUACUGUUAUAAAGCAUGCGCUUUCGGUCUAUACGACUUUUGUUGCUAUUUAAAUACCACUUCCUGUACCAUGUUGCGUAGAAAAUUCUUUAUGGUUAAUUAUCUUUUGAAAAUAAGGUGAUAACGAGUGUUUUUAUUCCGAAACUUUUGAAUGGACUUCAUUAUGAAAAAAAUCAAGCAUACGGGAGUCUAUUCUUAACGACAUUAUUGGCACCUAGACAAAUCAUGUAGGACAAUCAUAUAUUCCUCUAUGACUCUAAGAAGAAACCAUUUAGAAUUCAUAAAGCUUUAAAGCGGAUGCGGACUAUGUUCUACAUUUAAUGAGUAGCAUUGGUAAACGUACAUAUGCGAUGCUGUAUAAACGGACGUCGUAUGGUAUCAAAAUUCUUAUAAUUAGAAACUUUUUAACACCGAAAGAUAACCCUUCUUAGGUCAUAAAAUGUAAAUAUAAUGUGAUUUUCCACUUAAGGGGUGAAAUAAAGUAUAUUUUUGUGCAUGUUUUCUAUAAAAUAUACUUUAAUUUAUAAAACCAUCGAAAACAAUGUAAAAAUGCUUGCGACUUGCGUAGUCAAUUUUCACCGGCUGUGGUAUCUGCAAAGACGCGAAAAGAAGUGCAUUCAAAAGCCCACAUACUGGAGGGUUUGAAAUACUAUGGAAGUAUUCCGCAUGCUAAUGAAUGCUGAAACCCCACCUAAGUAAUCCUUCCUAAUCGAAAACGCUUUACAGAAUUUCGGCCAAAAUUUCAUGAGGUCGGUCACUCGCUGUACCACCCAUACAUCGGUAGUCAAUCGUCCACUCCAUUGCAAACAACGAUGUAUGGACACCGAUUUUAUUGCAAAAUUUCAUAUGUCAACCUAUUUCUCUAAUGCAGCGACGAGUUUGCAUUACUGAGUUGUUCAACAAACACACAUGAAUGCAAUGGUUUUAGUGAAAGUUCGUGUGUUUCGAAUUUACCCUAGCAACUUAAAUAAUCGUUAAAUCUUAAUUGCACAUUAAUACUUGAAUUAAAUGUUUAGACGGACCUUGUCAAUGCGGAUAACUAAGCUGAUAAAAUACUAUUUGCGACAGGCGUCUCAACAUAAACAUUUUAUAGGGUUUGUAUUUAAAUAUACUUCAAAACAAGCGAAAAAUAACAAUCUGUGAACAUUCACGCACGACGUUUAUGUGUUUAUCAUAAUAAUGACGCACGAAUUCGAUAUCAUUACAUCUUUUUUCCAUUUUCAGAAUACGCUUAACUAAAGAUAGGAGUUUGCUUGACUCCACUGGCAAUAAUGCCCCAGUUACAGAUUAAUUUUAGGGUCACAUCGCGACGCUCGUCCGUAUUUAUGAGAUCGGGAUAGAAAAAGGAGAUUUAAUUAUAGGCCUACCAUUCUCUGUACAUCAAAAGAAUUCAUUCUCAUAAAGGCAGUAUAUGUCUUUAAUGACAACAUAAUCUGACGACUUUCAGGAUUUCCAAUGUCCUCAACUUAUUGUAUACAGAUGGAUUUGAUAAGGCUUGCUUAUUAAAAGAAACAAAGUAAGACAAUGUUGGCGAAUUGUUGUCUAUAUCAUAAGUUUAUGGUUGUUAUUUUAAAGUAAGUUGUUUGAUUUAAAGGCGUUUCUUUGCCCAAAAUGCGUAGUUUAGGCAUGUCACAGCCCCUACAACAUGAGAACACUCACGUGCAUGGCAUUUCCUCUGAUAUUUCUUCCACGCAAAAGGCAGUUUAGACCAUCUGCAAAGAAUUUCCCAAACAUAAGACCCCAUUGCUGAGGAAAAUAAACGUUCAUGAAAAGAUUUGACGGAUAUAUUCCCAAUAAUCUAAAAAAUUCUGUAAUAAGUCAUUUCAUUAUGAAUCGUUUUGGUAGAACAGUGUGGUGACAAGUACCCGAGGAUAUGUUCGCUUCUUCCGACUGUUAGAAAAAAGGCUAGGAUGUCUGGCCCACUAACGCAGCGUCUAGAACAAUAUUGGUAGUUCUUUUGCCGCGGACGAAAAACCGCCCUUUUCCCUAUACUGACGCCAUGCCAUCUUUUCUGUUUUCUCAUAAGCUUCGUUCUUCGAUUCUAAGUGUACCUCAGUCGCCACAUAAAUAUGCAAUUACUGAUCAAGCGAUUACUUCUGCGUUCAUUUGUUUUGGAGUUACGCUGAAGCACAAACUCUAAUUCACGAGAAGUACUUUACCCUUUGCCCAAACAUCACAAUAACCUCUUAAUUAUCAAAUAGUGUACGGUAACUAAUGGGAUCACUGUAUUGUGUAUAUUGAAGUGGAAGACUACUUGCAAACCUCAUUGCGGAUUACAGGUACAACACCACGCAUAUACACUGAUUCGAAUUUAAAAACAUAAUAUCUUCUAGCUUUCUGAAAGAAAGGUGUUUAUUUGUACCCCGCUUUAUGUCAAUUAGGCGAGUCAACAGUUAUUUAGGCUGCAUGCUAUUAUAUCAGCAUACCUUUCUAUUUUAUAUUGAUAAACUUUAGAGAUGGAGCACGAAUGAAUGCACACAUGCAGUCUGACGGAUUUUUUGACGCAGAAACUCCCCUAAAUAUUAGACCAUGUUUAUUAAGCUAAAGAGAAUAAUUAUGUUACUGAGGUACUUUUUGGGGAACAAGCUAUGCCUAAAAGUAUAAUGUACCAUGGCAGAGGUUCUCGAUAGAUUUAAUGUAAAUUUCGUCCCCUCUCUCACAAGGCCCGUUGUGCACUCUGUGGUAAUUUGGGCGCGAUGUGCGUCUUCGAAAAAUUUGCGAUAAGUUAUCCAAACAAAAGACAAUAAGUGAAUGAGAAUCCAAAAGUCUGGCGUGAAGUUCGUUCCAACAGAUUUAAAAAUCUUCAGCCGCCGUUCAAAAAAUAACCAACAUGUUCUCAUUCGUUUGCGGUUGCUUUCAGAAAGUAUAAGCGAAUUGCCUAAAGGCUGGCCAACUGAAAAAAGAGAUGGUGUAAAUCUCAAAAUAGACUAGAAGAUGACACAAAACACGUUAAGGAGGACAAAAAGCGUUCGACUCAUAGGGAAUUCGAGUAAAGAGCAAGGUCUCGUGCGAAAAUUAUCUCUUUACCGAACGUAAUAAUUUAAAUGUCAAAAAUAUUCAAUCAGGUAUGGUGACAGCAACCGCCGCACUUAAGGUCUUCGAUAUGAUUUCAAAGUUGAGUGCUCUGCAUUUAGUAAAUGUUGCUCAACCAGUGUGCCAGCUUGUUUUUCCUGCAUUAUUUCCUUAUUUCGUCCUGUCACUGCGCCGCAGUGCGGUCUGCGUUUGAAUUUGGGAAGAAAACGUCUCACAAACAGUUCAAAUUAAGGAAAUAUUUUGAUGUAUGGCUCAUAUGGAUAGUAAUAACUAGUGCCUUCUUGGAAAGGGUGUGAGUCCAAACCAGAUAUGCUCAGAGUAGACUGGCUAGCGGGACUCAUACCCGCUUUCUGCACCUCAUUUGUAUUUGUGAAAUGACCAUAAUGCCGGCAAACUGAUUCUUUCACUAGGCAGCAUUUUCCUAGAUUUUAAUUCUGCACCAGGAACCAUAGACAUCAUUGUCUAAUACAUCUGCCAUCACUGAACAAAAUUAUCGCAACAUUUAAAGGCCUCAGUGAAAUAAUAGGUCCUAAUCCCCCUGUCUUAUAAACAGAUUAUAUGCGGUUAAAGCCUCUUCUCUAUAUCUCGCUUUAACAAUAAUCAACUCUUUAAACCUAUUUGUCAAAAGUCUAGGAUGAAACUAAAGGCGCUACACCCUUUGAUAUCUUAAAAAUAUAUCUACUUUUAGCCGACGCAGGCUUUUAAAAUUGAUAAAGAAUAUUUUGGCCUGACGGUCAAACUCUCAAUAAAGCUUUUGCUCUUUCACUCAAUUAUGCAUGAAGAGCAAUGGCAUUUAUGUAAAACAAACAAUUACUAUUCUUAAACAUAGUUACCAAUCUUUGAUAGAAUAGGAAAUGAUGUCAUACAGCUUAAUGGGGCCACCAUCUGGAAGUAUCUCCUCUCCAUUUAGCCCAGAGUAAGAUAUUUGUAUUGCAUGAAGUUGAAAACGUACAUGCUUGACACGAUCCAUCGGUAACGGACAGAACCCCUAAUUUCUGUCAGCAUUAGAUUGGACGAGAGAUAGGUCGAUCGAAAAGUACUGCAGUGGGAUCAAAUAUCUUAGCAAGAGAUCAAAAAUGGACAAGAAGAAGGUGGCUGAUGACGUCUGACUAUUUUGCAAUUAGACCUACUUAGCAUUAUUCAUCAUGUAACGAUAUCAGCUGUGAUAAUGACUGAGGCAGUUAUACCACUUUGUGUAGCAACUAAACACCUAGAAGAAGUCUUCUUACUAAGUGAAGUGUAUAACCCGCAGUUUUUCGGAAUAUAUGGCCAACAUUUUGGUGGUUAAUGAGUUUUAUAGCGAUUUAUCAUUUUCAUACCUACACGCAGUCGCUCCCACACAAGUUGGAAGAGCGGCAGACGAUCUGUUUAUUUAUUCUCUAGGAUAUUAAAGGCAAGAAAAUCCACAAGAUCUCUUAUAUUCCUCCCGGUAUACUUGAGUUCCUUCCUAACCAAGCGGAACAAAGUUUUCAGUUGAAGAAUCUUAACGGUAAGCUGAUGCCUCAGUUAGGACCACGUCCUAUGAGAAUAAAGUUGACAAACUAUUUCAUUUGGUCCAUCGUGGUCAAACAACAAUAAGCUGUCGUAUCGCAUUUACGUAUGAACGCAUGUGUUAUCUUUCUGAGAAAGGUUUGCAUAUUAUGAACUGUAACAUUCAAAAUCGGUAAAAACUGAUAAGUAUGAAAUAGGUAUGCAAAGAAGAACGCAUACAAGAACACAUUAUGAUGAUUGGUUGUGCACGAAAUGAGAAACUUAACAUUAACUAAAAAGUAGAAGUAGAUAAAUCUGUUUUUAAACGCGUCCUCUAAUUUAAUAUAUUAGUUUAUUUGCCAUGAGCAUGAGAAUAAGUUUUUUUUGCAAACAAGGUAUCAGGAGACAUCGAGUAAUGCCUGAUUUCCACCCAAGGCUAAUAAGAUUUCAUAGUCUUCUAGUGUUAAAACAUUACUGACGUCGUUUAAUCAGGUUCUAAGGGCCUAAUGUGUCUCACUGCCGCAAAAUCUGCCAUAGUUUGCGUCACCCUUGAGUCGCAUUACGCUUAUUUGUUAUGAAUAAUCGCUUUUGCAUAAGUUUAACUUCCAUUCAUUAUGAUUAUUCUCUGCUCUCCAAAUGGGCUGACACGGCAGAUGCGUUGGUUCAAUUACCGCUCGAAUCCUGUUCCAUUACAUUAAAAGACCUGGAGUUUGUUUAUUAUUCAUGAUAAAAACCAACUUUCCUCGCUUAAAAAAGCAACGUUAGCGGAAUAUUUGAGUCAAAACGUCAAAUCAUUUGCAAAGAUAUUCAAAGUUAGCAACUACGUAAAGGUCACAUAAAGUUCGUGUGUGGACUCGUCUAUCCCGUGUGAAGAGUGUCAUUAACGUCUCAGCCGGGACGUCUGUGUGACCCGGGCUAAAUAUAUUUAUAAUAAAGGCGACCUGCGUCGAAUUAGCCUUAACCCUCUUCACACAUCUGGAACCUUCCACCGACAAAACAGCUGACGUUCACGCACCGCAAUGUCCAUUUAUUUUAAACUGUCAGUAUCACAGUAGCCAGUAAUUUAAUUACCAGCAUUUUUAUUUAAAACAGAAUGUUAGAAAUCUUGCUACCUCUAGAAAGCCACUGAUUGAUACUAUUCAUAAUAUUAUUUUGGGUAAAGCAGAGAGAAAUGCACGUUUAUUUCUUCAAGCAGGUGUUGACUACAUAUACAUUAUACUCAAAGAUAAUGUAUCGUUAGUAGAUCAAAGACAGAGUACUUGCUUUCUGAGGAUAUCUAAAGUAAUUUGAAUUUUAUUUACCUUGGUACACACUGCAUCCUCGAAAUUAAAACUUGGGGUUUUGAGGAAUAUGAUAACAAAUAAAAACAAAAUGUUUAGAUGUACCAAGACGUUUGGAAAUCCUGAUUAUCUUUCUUUGAGCGGAUGCUAAAUACAGUUUAUCAUAACGUAUAGCAGGAAUAUAAUAUUGUGUAAGAUUUACGCCAGCAUAAAAACAUAUUUUGACUUAUUAAUGUAAAGUCCUAAACCGAUCAUUUCUUUUAAAUUUAUACUAGAUUACUAAGGAGAUCACAGGCUUUACCGCGAUCAUUCGUUACGGGACUUAUACGCAUUGUGGACACAUGGGCUUGAUUAGCUAUAUGAGUACCAGUUCGCAUGGACUUUGAGCCUCACAUGAUUUUGCAUGGUAUGAAAUUUAAGAUUUAUAUGUUUAACCUGCCCGCCUUCAUUAAGUGAGAUAAAUGUGCAGGUAAUUUUCAAAUUAGUGUGGGAAUUAAAUUUCAUACGGAGUUACAAGGUGGAUUUUGCAAAUAGUCAUGCAUCCGAAUUUGUUACGCUGUCCAGUGCCACUAGGUCGUUUUACAUCCUCAAGUAUUCCAUCGGAGAAAUUCAUGCUUCUCUAUAAAUUUGCAUCGGUUCUUGUCUUCUCUCAUACGUUUUUUAUUAUUUUGUGAAUUUCUAGAUGGUCAAAAUGAUGAUUGCGGUCUCUGCGCUGUAUGCCAUUUCGCAGCUUCCAAGACAUAUACUCUUUCUUUACGGAACAAUCGUUAACUGGGGCACGAAAGAACUGGCCAUUGCCUGGAAUAUUGCCGUUUUCCUCAGCUCGUCGGCAUCGUGCUACAACCCUUUUGUUUAUGCCUGGAUGAAUCAAACCUAUCGGACGGGGUUUCUUCUAGUAUUUCGAUCCGUUUGCUGCUGCUGCUAUAAGAAAUACCCACAUCCAGUACCGUUGCAAUUCAAGAGUCGCCACCAAGUUUUUACUGCUGCGGAUGAGGCCUGAAGACAACCACCCACCCUUUUUCCUGAAAACCAAGAUUAAAAUUCUUUUGUAUUUAUCGUUUGUUUCCUUUGCAGACAAGAUAUUACUUUAGAACUGCCCGUAUUUAUGUGAAUUAGCAUUUCAUAAACAGCAGUUUCAGGAAGUCGUAAGUAUGAAUAAAAUAAAUCGUAAUCUCGUGAAAGACAUUUGAAGAACAGGAUGGCUUUACAUAUUCGAGCGGUCAAAAAUGACUGCAAGAUAGCACAGCUGCUUUAUUAUUUCUGAGCGGUCUAUAAAACGGACAAACGACGUUCGUGGUGCUGUAAUGCUAAGAAAAAAGAACAAUAUAAUCAAUGUCAGCAGGAUCCACUGUUAAUUUUGAUCCAGGUAACAAAGGUGAGCAUUUGUGGUCAAAAUACUUAAUAUCUAUCCAAAUUAGAUUACUCGAGUUAAUCCUGUUAAACAAGCUUUUGUUUAUGGGAGUAUACCCGGAUUUACGGGAUGGUUAAGAGUGAGAAUAUGGUAGGGCAUUGCGGACGCAUUUAGGGAUGUUUUGGGAUUAACUAAGAUAACCGCUCGCCAACAUAUAUCACAUUUACUUUGAGACGUCAUACUAGUUACCAGAAAAUGCCGCGCCAAGGUUGGAGUCAUAUAUGAGUUUUACAUUUUGAGACAACUGAGAAUGGAUAUUUUCUCGUAUAUUUUGCAGUAUUUGCAACUUGGAUUGAGUGCACUACGGUGUCCUUUACGGGAGAAGCUACAGCAGUCUCUUGAGCUACAACUCAUACCGUCCCAUUUCCUUGAAGCUAAGCAGGCGCUAUAAAUAUUUAGAUGACUACACCUUAGCCUCAGCCGGUUUAUGCAGUCAUUGCACGAGAACGCACGCUGAAAACGUUUGACUAACCAUGACAGGAUGGCCUAAAUUUUGGUUUCAGAUACUCGAAUGGUCGUCAUGCGGCCUUGGUAGAAAAACCCCCUGAUUUCAAAAUAAGUUACAUUAUUUUCUGCAAUCCAUAGACCAUUAUUUAACACAAGUUCCCAAGAUGUUACGUUCAAGCUGGUCUAUUGGAAUUGCACAAAAUUGUCGUUAUCUGAGUUAGGCUGAUUUUUAGACCACGGCAUUAUGGACUCCUGGUAUUACAGGUGGUUCUGCAUCACGGUCUAUAGAGUUGGACUGAGAAAAAAUGGAGUUAAAGUUAGAGCUAGGACUCAUGAAUAGGUACUUUUCUGGAAUCUAGCUCAAGUUUGCCCUCGGUACGAGAGUCCUCGGCGUCGCAUGCAGCCCUGAUUUUGUGCGUUGGAAGACGGUUAGCUAGCUGCGACCGAAAGAGCGUUGGCACUUGUUUCACGGCCACUGACUUUCUUUGGUAAACCGAAUUAAUUACCUGACCGCCUAUAUAGGUUCAAAAGAAAACCCAAUGGCGUGCGACUACAGACUAUGAUUUUAAUGUGGUUUACAUUUGCGUAUAGUGCCAGUGCUCAAGAUGUGCGUAGUUAUGCAAGGUUUAAUAGAGGACGUUGAUAAUUGAAUUCUAUGGCCUCAAUGCCUCCAACACAGUGUACUCAGGCUUAAUCGCACCUUGUAGUUAAAAUACGUCUGAAGACCUUGCACGUUUACAGCAGCGUUUAGUUAAAAAAUCUGAUAACUGGCGUCAGUCGAAGAAUCAAAUAUCGCAGGUUUGUUUCUGAUUUAUCCCGCGCCUGGCCAUUGGGCCUAGUCCUUAAUGAAAACAACGGCGAAGUUGUGUAUGUUUGAGCUCCUAACCUUGCUUGUUGUAAGCCUUUUUAGUGUGCAUUGAAGAUUUUAUCUCAGCUGUGUUCAUAUUUUGAGUGAUCUUAUCUGUUUAACUCCAGUCGGAAAAGAUCAAAGCAAAACGUUGCGUAUAAAGUUUGCUUUUGAUUGUUAGAUUUCAAAAAUUUUGCAACAGGCAAAAACAGAAACCUUUGAUGAAUGAGUCAUUUUGAAUGUUUUCUUUGCCGUCACUAUAGAGAGUGGUUAUAAGCGUGGUUACAAUGUUUUCUUAGAAUACUAAGGUAAUUGACCUUAGCGCAAAGCUGCGGAAUAGGCACAGGUUCCUCCUUCAUAUCCGAAAAUUAGGAAAAUAUGUAGCUGAUUUUUAAAAAAACUCAUAACUUAAACACGUUUUUGAAUCAAAUGGUUUUCGUGAAACUUAUAAUAAAAACAAAAGAAGUCCAAUAAGUAUGCGCAUGUUUUAGUGCUCCAAAGGGCCAUCGUUAGGUUUUCUGUUCAGAAAGAAGCACUUUACAAUUUCUGGAAACGUAUAUAUCCCAGUAUAUUCUUGUGUUUUGACAAAAAAUACGCUUACGCACAUCAAAGGUAGUCACCAAGUACUUGAAUUAAAAAUAAAAAACUUUGGACUUAAAUGAAGGGUUUACUUACCAUAAUCAUUGUCAAAUUGACAAUUCAAAUAACUUAUUACUGUUUUUUACGAUACCACUUUUCAAGCAUUAUUGCCGUAAUAUUUUAGUUUUAGUGAGAUAAAGAUAAAGCUGUUUUGUUGCAUAGUAAGACAUACUUAUGACCCAAUUAUGGUGGACAUAAAGCUUACCAAGAAGCGGAAAGAGAUCUCGAAAAAUAAAUUCAAAAUCAGAGGAGAAAACCAAUUUGUAUGACCAACCCCUAUUGGUGGAAGACGGUAAAUGAACCAUGUUAGAGCUGACGGAUUGAGCAAACUGCGCUUUGGAUUUGCACUCCACUUAAUUCGAACAAAAGUAUAACGGCAGUAAAUGAGAGUGCCUGCAUUUUCAACUUCCUUAAACAAACUUAAGUUGGCAGAAGGAAUGACGGACAAGCUAUUUUUAUUCAAAAACCAAUGCACACGCGCUGAGGAUGAAACAUAUCGAUCGAAUGGCAUUGUGUUGUUGCAAUGAAGUAAACAAGUAAAUUGAAAGUGCCCGAGGGUUUAAGUCUGGUGUUUUAGCAAUCCCUCAGAGACACUUGUGAACGUGACGGCUGGACCUUACUGCCAAAUGGGCAUUGGGUUUUACCCUUCUCAUGCGCAAUGCUAGAAGAGGACGAUGUUGCUUAAAUUCGUGCGCAAUCCAAAAAGCCAUCUUCUUGGGAGAGACAAGUAGGAAGCUCGUAACAUAGCAAGUUUAAAUUAUCCUUAUUCAUUUUUCAUUUGACAGAAAUGACAGCAGCACAAACAUUGGCAAUUCAACAACGACAAAAAUACGUGAAACGAACGCAACCCUUACCAUUCGACCGACAGGCGCUGUUUUAGGGAAAUAAGCAGGUGUCCGGCUCUCUGACUAAUUCCAAACUGUUCAAUUUUAUUGCUGUUAUCACCGCAAAAGAUGUUUUUUGCUGUAAGAUUGUCAGAGAUAGAGGGCGACCAUAAAUACUCCCGAAGACAUCCUGAGCUGCCGUAAUUUGCAAUAAACAUCGCAUUGCAAAACUUUUAGAAAAAAAGGCCAACAAACCGGCCAUCCUUGUUAAGUGCCCUGUAAAGGGCAGACAAAGGAUUGUUGGAAAAAGAGCAAGCUGGUUUUUGGUUUAAUCAGCAGAUCUGUUUACAGAAUAGAGGCUAGCCUUUCUUUUGGUUGCUGAACGAAAGGCUGCUUAGACUGCGAUGAAGGACGCUUGCAUGCAUUGCUAGCAACAAAGAAGGCCGCGCUUAGAAUUAAGAAAAACAAAUAGGUGCGGUAAACGGCGAAGUCUUUUCAGAACACGGGUGUACAUAUUUUAAUUUUAGACGGUGCCACGUUUUAACUGUUUUUUUGUUGUGCAUGAUCAAAUGGAAUUUGUUCAACUAGAGUACAUACCAGAUUAACAAAGAAAUUUGCUUUUUUUUCUGUCAGAUGACCGAUUUUUGUGAAGGUAUUGCCUACUGAAGCCAUGUCUUUUUGUCUUUAGUAAAUGCGAACGUACUGGAAAAAUUUUCUCUCUAUUGUGCAAUUUUAACUCAGAAAGCACACAAACCAAUGUCAUCAGAGUUCGCGGAAAGUCGUCGAUGGAAACCUUUACUUCGGGAAGUUUCAAACUGACAACUCUAACAUUAAUAGGUGUUUUGGCCAAUUUUGACUCGACUACGAUUUAAGCCACGGCUUUAGGUGUAAUCUCUUACUUGAUAGGGCUAAAGCGCCGGCUUUAAGCAAGCUUCUCCCUUGCUAUCAGAGGUUCGAGUCUUACACAAAUCGCUCAGGUUUUCACAGUUGGGUCACAGGAACUUUUUUUAACAGUGAUGAGUACUUCGUGUACUUAAUCCAAGAACAUUAUCCAAAGACUCUUACUCCCCUCAACUAGCACUAAGAACCAAAACCCGCCGACCUCGUCAUGCGUGCAGCUUGGGGGAGAUGUGUGUUAAUGACUUAAUUGCCCUUGAGACAUUGCUAAUUUUGUACAUUUUCAUUCCUUUCAUGUAACUGUAUUGGCUUGACGAAGAAGUACCGAAAACACGUGUUUGCCAACUUGAUUUUUCAAGUGUAACAUGGGAAUAUUUGAGGAAAUUAUUUUAAUUUUGUAUUACUUUAGAACGACUUCUAAAAUUUACCAUGUUUCGGGAUGCAAUGAUGCACUUUUCACUUUUGAACACCUAUAAUAUCUCACAUUAUUGCAUAAGGGAUCACCCCUUAUGGAUAUCCUGAAGAAAGUAAAGCACCUAUAAAAUAAGUAAAGUAGUUUACUGACGACUAUGUUAAAAGCGUUUGUAAAAUAGUUAGACGAAUCCGCAAAUAAUCAUGUGAGAGGACAACUUCUAUAGAUAUUAGGUCAAAAGAUGAUGACGUGAUCAUCGGAACAAGAAAUUCAUUGGCCUGACGCUUCGGAUUCUCACUUAAAUCCAUCAUCAUUUAUAGCACGUUGCGGCCGUGGACCGUAUGCGCACUGCAAUUAACAGUGCUCGCAAUCACCGCUGGGGUCGUAAUUGAUGAGGUGGUGGCUUGUCGGUCCGAGUCCGAGUCGUUAAUUGCCGUGAUUUCGUCAUCCGUGCUGGAUGCUGAUGUGAUGAUUGCUCGGCAAACAGGCUCGCAUCUUGAGACGUUUCAAGACGUACUUUACGUUCGGCAGGUGAAGGAAACGCCAAUGGGUUACCGAGUUCGGGACUCAUAGCGGAGGCGGUCCUACAACAGCUGGCGUCGCUGGUUUUCCGACACCAUAGACCGAAAUUCUCGGCUCGGUAUGUGGAUGACACCUUCGUCGUCAUCAAACGGGAUCAGGUGCUGACAUUCAAAGAAUAUCUCAACGCCGUCUCUCCGGACAUUCAAUGCACGAUGGAGGAGAAGGAGGAGGAAAACAAUCAGCUGGCCUUCCUGGAUGUCCUCGUCUGCCGCAAAGAUUGUGGUGGUCUAAAAACCAAAGUUUUCAGGAAAGCGACAAAUACGACAUAA